UGUCCCGCCAUAUCGAUUCAUUGUUUUUUUUGGUGUACCACCACUAAUGAACGAAGUUUAAAUCUAAGAAAUAAACAAUCAUCUGUGAGCUUAGUUGCGCUUGCUUGCGAAAUGCAGGCGGAUAUUAAGGCCGACAUCAUCGUGGAGGCGAUGGAGGUGCUAGUGAAUCACAUUCUAUACGUGCGCGGUAUAUACCCCUCGCACAUUUUUAAAAUGAAGCGGAUGUACAACUCGCCCAUCUAUGUGUCCAUAUUUCCACCGCUUAAUAACUACCUGGCCGGCAUCCUAAAAUCCGCACAAGAACUUCUCCGCCGCCGAGAGCUGCAGUGCCUGGAGCUAAUAGUGUAUCAGAAGGAGAAUGAGAAGUUGGAGAGCUAUAAAAUGCAACUAGAAAACCAGGGGAGUGGCCUGCCGGCAGAUGAUCAUUUAAUGGAGUUCGAGCAGAACAUGCGCUCUGUCAUCUACAAAAUUUCUCAGCGCUUGAACCAGGCGCCUAAACUGCCCGCCGGAAUUUGUCAGUUUAAGGUGCAUCUGCACACUACCCAGGAGGCAUUCAUCCGCUUCAGCCAAGACUCUCAGUACCAAGAAUUUCCCUGGCUUCAGGCCCAAAAAACGGAAUCCCAGGCGCCAAGACGAACCGUUUCACUCCUUCCUUUGGCUAGGGUGGAGGAUUUGGGAUUGAAAAUGGAUGCCCUCAUCGUUAGUUAAGGUUAUAUUCCUAAAACUGUUAUCCAUUUAAUCGACGUUUGGUUUAUUUUAAACUACAAUUGAUUCUAAUCAUGAAUCGUUCUCUGAUCCAUGGUCUUUCUUUAAUGAAUAAAAAGCACGCCCAAUGGUUUUAUGGCUUAA